AUGACCUUCAUUCUGCCCCCUGAUUGUCGAGAGAAGAUCUCGCUGACAAUAAAUGCCCUCCUAGCACUGACACUUUACUUUCUACUUCUAAUUUCCGGAACUGCGCCGGGAACUAGUCUUGCUGUACCGUUGAUGGGAAAGUACCUGCUAUUUACGAUUGUGCUAAUUACUUCAUCGAUUUUUUGGACAGUGGCUGUGCUGAAUGUUCGUUUCAGAUCGAUGGAGACACAGUCUACUCCGGAUUGGUGGCUUAGACGAAUAUUUCUGGAAAUAAUUCUUUCAUUUUUGGGUUUAAGACCCCCAAGUCGGAGUGGCGGAAAUCCUUUCAAGUGUUCUAGAAUGAAUCUAAAAUAUUCACAACUUCGAAAAUCGCACGAAAUUCUUAGAAAAAAUAUGACGAUCGUGAUACCGAAAGUUCUUUUAAAAAUUAUACAGUGUGCCACCGCCAAUGCAAACAAAUGA